UGAAAUGACUCUUCAUUCAAAGGGAUCUUAUUGCAAAGCAGUGGAAGUAAAGACUAAGUCAAAGGUAACAAACUGGAAGUUUACUAGGAGUUGUGUCUGAGAUGCCUACUAGGCAAGGCUUGUUUUCCCCCAUGCUGUCAAAGCCCUGUGUUACUUAAUACUCAAAGGAGUGAUAGGUCAUAUGGUGGAAGAAACAAACCUAAAGCUGCCAAAGCCAACAGGCAAAGCGGAAAGAGAUGUUGACAACAGUGCUAAAGGCUGCAAACAGAUCAAGGAGUGUGCGUCACUGAGUUAGGAUGGAAGCUUAGUCGCAAGCCUUGAUAAGGGAAUGCUAGAUUGGACAGAUAAUGGUUGGGCAAAGAAAGCUUAAAAUUUCUUGGUCUUUGGAGAGAUCGAGGCAUCAAUAGUAAUUGUCUUAAGUGACAAAACCGUAGCAGAGUAGCAAAGUUCUUGGUUCUUAUCUGCAUGAGUCAGUUGGAGGAUUGUAUAAAAAGAAUGUUAUUGAGUUCAUUUUGUUUAUUUUCCUUCUGUAGAACAUCAUAGCUUUCUGUGCAACCAUCAAAAUAACAAUGCCAAAGUGACUCUAUUUAGCAUUCUUUAUUUCUGUUAAGUUUCUGUGUCUGCAUCAGAGACCUUGGAUGGACAGAGUGAACUCAAACAAGAGAAAAGCUUGCUGAGUGUUCAGUCCUACAUUGAUUCACUGGUCUUGAAGAUCCUGGCUGCAGGAUCUCAGAAAAUACAGCUUCUGCAAUGUCAUCGCCCAGCAGCAAUUGCCCACACUUGGAAUCAGUUGGUGAAAUAACAAAAGAGGAAUUGAUACAGAAAUCUCAUGGCACUUGUCAGGACUGUAAAGUCAGAGGACCCAACCUUUGGGCAUGCUUAGAGAACAGAUGUACAUAUGUUGGCUGUGGUGAAUCCCAUGUUGAUCACAGUACCACCCAUUCCCAGGAGACAAAACACUGUCUAACUGUCAACCUUACUACACUCCGUGUUUGGUGUUAUGCCUGUAGUAAGGAAGUGUUCCUGGAUAGAAAAUUAAGAUCUCAUUCUCCACUACCAAAUGCAAGACUGUCUCACCAAGCACAAGAUAAUAGUGUUCAGGAUUUUAAAAUACCUAGUAAUCCCACGCUGAAGAUUCCUCUAGCAGCUGUAUUUGAUGACUUAGAUAUAGAAGUGGAAGAAGAUGAGUUAAAGACUAGAGGUCUAACAGGAUUAAAAAAUAUUGGAAACACUUGUUACAUGAAUGCAGCUUUACAAGCUCUUUCCAACUGCCCACCUUUGACGCACUUUUUUCUUGACUGUGGAGGCUUAGCACGAACAGAUAAGAAACCGGCAAUUUGUAAAAGUUACCUCAAGCUGAUGACAGAACUCUGGCACAAGAGCAGGCCUGGUUCUGUUGUUCCUACGGGUUUAUUUCAAGGAAUUAAAACUGUUAAUCCAACAUUUCGAGGCUACUCUCAACAGGAUGCACAAGAAUUUUUGCGUUGUCUUAUGGAUUUGCUUCAUGAAGAACUUAAAGAACCAGUUGUAGAACUGGAAGAUGCCCAGCCUAUGAGUGUUGAAGAGAGUAUGGAAGACGACAAGAGUCAGUCAGAUGUAGGCUUUCAGCCCUGUGAAUCCUGUGGUACCUGUGAUAAAACAGAAAGUGAUGCUAUUUUCAAACCUGUCUUAGAGGAUCCUGCAGAGACAACCAUGUUAAUUCAGGAUGAUGAUAACAACUCAAUCACAUCCAAAGACUGGCAGAAAGAAAAAAUAUCAAACAACAAGCUUAAACGAGCAAAUUCUAUGGAAGAUUUGGAAAAAGACACAAACACUACUUCAGAGACUACUGAUUUUUUAAAUAAUCAAGGAACUGUCAAAGUACAGAUACACAGCAGAUUCUCAGAGUACAUCAAUGAUGUCCACAUGAAUGAUAUAUCGGCAGCCCAAACCCCAUCAUCAAAUGAAGGGAUGAACACACGCUUAUCAAACAGUCCUCCAAAAUCAUUCUCAUCGUGCUCUUCAAUGGCACCAGUCCACAAAAAAGUUUCAACAGUAUCAUCACCAAAAAGGAAGAAGCGCAAGAAGUACAGGAGUGUUAUCUCUGAUAUAUUUGAUGGGACUAUAAUAAGCUCAGUACAGUGCUUGACUUGUGAUCGGCUGUCUGUAACCCUGGAGACCUUUCAGGAUCUGUCCUUGCCUAUUCCAGGUAAGGAAGAUCUUGCUAAACUCCAUUCUGCAAGUCAUCAGACAUCUCUAGUCAAGGCAGGGUCAUGUGGAGAAGCAUAUGCCCCCCAGGGAUGGAUAGCUUUUUUUAUGGAAUAUUUCAAAAGAUGUUUCAGGUUUGUUGUCUCAUGUGUUCCUAGCUGGUUUUGGGGUCCAGUUGUAACCUUACAAGAUUGUCUUGCUGCCUUUUUCGCCAGAGAUGAGCUCAAGGGUGAUAACAUGUAUAGCUGUGGAAGGUGUAAAAAGUUAAGAAAUGGAGUGAAAUUCUGCAAAGUGCAAAAAUUUCCUGAGAUACUGUGCAUACAUCUCAAAAGAUUUAGACAUGAACUUAUGUUUUCCACAAAAAUUGGGACCCAUGUGUCCUUUCCCUUGGAAGGCCUUGAUCUUCAGCCUUUCCUGGCAAAGGACAGUCCAGCUCAAAUAGUGACUUAUGAUCUUCUAUCUGUCAUCUGCCAUCAUGGAACUGCCAGCAGUGGACAUUAUAUAGCUUAUUGUCGCAACAACUUAAAUAAUUUGUGGUAUGAAUUUGAUGACCAAAGUGUCACAGAAGUAUCAGAAUCCACAGUGCAAAAUGCAGAAGCAUAUGUUCUCUUCUACAGAAAGAGCAGUGAAGAAGCACAGAGAGAAAGACGGAGGAUAUCAGGUCUACUGAAUAUGAUGGAACCAAGCCUUCUGCAGUUCUAUGUUUCCAGACAGUGGUUAAAUAAAUUCAAGACUUUUGCAGAGCCAGGACCAAUUUCAAAUAAUGACUUUCUCUGUGUGCAUGGAGGUGUUCCUCCACACAAAGCUAACUUCAUAGAGGACCUAGUUGUAAUGCUACCUCAAAAUAUAUGGGAUAAUCUGUAUAGCAGGUAUGGAGGAGGACCAGCUGUUAACCAUUUGUAUGUUUGUCACACCUGCCAAAUAGAGUCUGAAAGAAUUGAAAAAAGAAGGAAAAACGAAUUGGAAAUGUUUAUUCGGCUUAAUAGAGCAUUCCGAGAAAAAGGAUCUCCAUCAACAUUUUACUGCAUCAGUAUGCAGUGGUUCAGAGAAUGGGAAGGAUUUGUAAAGGGUAAAGACAGUGAUCCUCCUGGUCCUAUUGAUAACGCUAAGAUUGCAGUAACAAAAUGUGGAAAUACUGUGCUAAGACAAGGUGCAGAUUCUGGACAAAUAUCUGAAGGAACAUGGAAUUUUCUUCAGUCAAUCUAUGGUGGAGGUCCAGAGAUUAUACUCAGACCACCUGUUCCUCCAGUAGAACCUGAUAUCUUGCAAACAGAGGAGAAGAUUGAAUUAGAAACUCAUGGUCUGUAGCUAUUGAGAAAAAGAGGAACUUGUAAGGAAUCCACUUUUCCUUACAAAAUGCCCAAAACACAUUCCUAAAAAUUUUAUUCUCUUAUGUCUGUUGGAGGCACAACUCACUGGGCAUUACAUUAACUACAGAAUAGUAAGUUGAAAUAUGUAUUACAAUUUGUUUAAAUAGAGGCUGUUUCUCUGUUCUGGAAGGCAUGUGGUUUGUACAUUUUGAGUGUUUGGUCAAUGAAAAAAAAAAAAAAAAAGUAAUUUCUGAAGUUUUUGGGAUAUUUGGUCAAAAUCCUGUUAUAUCCUUAGACUUGAAAAAUGGGGACAAAUUUUAGAGAUGUUCGAUAACCCUUCCGAUUCUGAAUUGGGCUUCUGAUAUCUACAAACUUUUGCUUGUCUUCACUGUACAGCCUUGACAAGGCUAGGCAUAUGGGGAGUAUAUUUUAAAUGGAUUGCAAUCGAUAAAGAAAAAGGAUUUUCGUUUCCUAAAUGCUCAGGAAAAAAAUCUCACUUAUUUUGCACUGUAAGCAUAUGAAAUGGGUAGUAUAUAACAUCCAAAUACUUACUGUAUUUGAAUGGAUCAAACAUUAGUGUAGAUUGAAUAUUGUUUUAGUCAGCAAAUGUCAUAACUUAUUACCUACUAAAUUUUACAUCUUAUUAUAGUCUUCUGUAACUCUAUAAACCUGGCUAGUGUCUUUAAUAGUAUAUGUGACAAAAAGAUUUAGUCUUCUCUAGGGUAAUGUUUGAGAGCAUGAAGUGUGAAAUGUAAAAUGAUUAUGGACAUGAGUGAUAUAAAUUUCAGAAAUUAAA